CAUUCUGUCGAUUGGUUGAAUCCACCCACAGAAGGCGGGGCUUUCCUCAAAUCAGAUCUGUAUAUUUACAUAUUAUCAGAUUGGCUGUUUUGUCGGAUCGGAUGAUUGAUUAUCUAACGGUAUUAUAAUGGACCGAGACCUAUUGGCUGCAGGAACCUAACAAAAUUAUUCAAAUAUCAUUAAAUAAUGAAUAUCUUGCACUUAGCCAUGGGUUUCUUCGGCCGAAAGAAGGCGUAAAUGAACGGUUGGCAGAAUGCUGCAGGUUUCAGGAAGUUGUAUAUUUGAAUCGGUUCAGCGGGGUGAGAUCGAUCGAGUUUCCCAUUUAUUACAGCAGGAUCGAGGAGUCCUGAAACAAAAAGGUUGGGGAGGUUUUACAGCCCUACACUUUGCUGCUCUGAAUGGAAAUCGUGCCGUAGCUGAACUUCUAUUGAACAGUGGUGCUGAUCCAAACAUCCCUUGUGAUGCAGGACAAACCCCUUUUCACUUUGCUUGCAGAAAUGGCAAUAUUUAUAUCAUGUACAAGAUGAUGCAGCAAGGUGCAGAUUUACGCAUAGCAGAUGAGCAAGGGAAAACAGCUCUUCAUUAUGCAGUCAGUGGGGGAAGUGUUAUUGCCACACAGUACCUGUGGGAGACUAGAAUGUUCCAUUUCUCAGAUCCAGAUAACUAUCAGGUCACCCCGCUGCAUUUGGCAGCCUCCACUGGCAAUACUGACGUUGUCCGCUAUCUCCUUCGAGCAAAUAGAUGCUCACCAGAGGCUGUGGACCAUCAGGGGGCGACAGCGCUUCACGUGGCAGCAGAGAAGGGCAUGAUUGAGGUGUGCUGGCUGCUGUUGAAGAGUGCCGGACUCCAUAUUUUACACAUGACAAACCACACGGGCCUCACGCCUCUAGACCUCUGUAAUCAAGGAAAUACUUUUAGGCAUCAGCAGCUCUCCAAGAUUUUGACGGAUUUCAGUCAACAACCAAAAAAUCUGAUUCCUAAGGAUUCAUAUGUUAUGUACUUCUGGAUGCUGCUUUUGCCAUCUCUCAGCGGGGUUGCGGUUCUCGUUAUAGCUGCUGCUCUUGGUGAAUAUGGAGGAAUCUUCUCUGCGGUGCUUUUCCCCUUCAUGGCAAAAACCAUUCUGUCUCAGUAUCACAGACUGAGCAGCUUUCAGAGGUUACCAAAUCCUGUUUACCUGGGAACUCUGACUGCAGGCCUAAUUCAUUCCACUGUUUGCUUUCUCUAUAAAAUUAUACCUAGUUUCUGGCCAGCUCAUACACUCUUACACCUUUCACUGGUCCAUUUUUGUGUGCUCGCUGGACUUUUUUGGAAGGUUUUAAAGCAGAGCCCUGGACAACUCAAAGACGCUGAUACUGAUUCCCGGUUUUCCAGCAUAGGAGACUUAAUGGAAGCUGGACAGAGCCCAGACAGAUUCUGUAUUUACUGUGAGCUAAUCCAAGUGGAGAACUGUAAACACUGUCGCCUGUGUGACAUGUGCAUCAAGGACUACGACCACCACUGCCUCUUCAUCAACCAGUGUGUGGGACGGGAAAACCACCGCACCUUCAUCCUCUUCCUCAUGUCUAUGGUAAUGGCUCACCUCAUCUUCAUCCUCAGUGCCAUUUUCUACCUCUACCUGAAAGUUUCAGGCCUGCAGCUGUCAGACUGGGGCUCGGUGGCGGGGCGAGAGGCCUGGGUCCUCCUGCUGACCCUGCUCAACCUCCUCUCUCUGUUCUGGGUGGGAUGGUUAUUAGGAGAGCAGCUUGAUGCCAUUUCCAGGGGGACCACCACCUAUUACAGGCGGUAUGACCUAAAGGGCCCUUCCAAAAGACAGCGGUUGGGUACAGUUGUUUCAUUCCUGCUGGAAGGGAAAAGAAGACAGCAGCGCAGUCAGUCUUUUAGCAUAUAGAGACUUUUUUUUAUGGGUGUGUGAUAUUUAUUGUGUAUGUGUGGAGCCAGCCAGAAAACAGUUUAAAUUCUUCUAAAAUUCAAGUUAUGAAAGCAUAAAGUAUCAGUGUGUAGGUUUUUGUUUUGUAAGGGAUGACGAUGUUCACCAAUGUCAACCAAGCAAGUGAACUGUUAUUCAAUAUCAACACAGUCACAAAUGUGUUACUGAUUUUAUACAACAGUGAAAUAAACAAGAAAUUACUAUGGUCACACUUUAA